AUGCCGACCCCGGAAUCCGCCGCCUUCCUCGCCAAAAAGCCCACAGUGCCCCCAAGUUACGACGGUGUCGACUUUGAGGAUACUGUCGCCUUACAUAACGUGCGCGAUGCAAUUAUUCGCGAGCAGUGGGUGCGCAGCAUGAUGGCGCGGCUUGUCGGGGAGGAAUUGGGGAAGUGUUAUCGGCGUGAAGGGGUGAAUCAUUUGGAGAAGUGUGGGGCCCUGAGGGAUCGAUACUUCGAGCUACUCAAGGAAGCGAAGAUUAAGGGCUAUUUGUUCCAAGAGAAGAAUUACGUGUCGAAGAAUGCGUCGUCAACUUCGUGA